AUGUUGAAUGCAUUCAACGAAAUAUGUCGCUGGACUUUAAUACAAAAUUUAAAUGAAUUUCAAUGGCGUAUUCCAUCUAUUUGGUGUGAGAUUAAUGACUAUGCCAAAGUACUUCUCGAUCAUCCAUACAAGAAUGUACGGGAAGGUAUUGCCAGUAUAUUAUCAAUAUCAAUUAGCUUUGAUGUAACAUUGUUCAAUGGAAAAUCGACACGCCAACCUAAUACUAGUCAAUUUAUCGAUACUAUAUGUAAACGACUGCGUCAAGCUAUUGAAAUUUAUGAAAGGACAUCAUUAAUCAAUAUAUCGGAUGAAGUAGUUGGCAUUGAUGUUGAAGCACGCAAAGCGUUGAAUUUCAUUGAAGCAGGUAAAAAUACAAUCACUUGA